GGCGGGGCGGCGGCGGAGGAGGGAGGGCUGCUCCUGCUCCUGCUCUCCUGGGUGCAGCAGGCGGCGGCCGCGCUGAGCUGAGCUGAGGUGAGCUCCCGCCGCCGGGGCGGGGGGCAGAGAUGGCUCCGGCUGCACAGGAUGUGAUGGAGCUCCUAGAGGAAGAUCUGACCUGUCCCAUUUGCUGUAGCUUGUUUGAUGAUCCUCGGGUUCUACCCUGUUCACACAACUUCUGCAAGAAGUGUUUGGAAGGGAUAUUGGAGGGGAAUGUCCGGAACGUGCUUUGGAGACCAUCCCCUUUCAAGUGCCCUACCUGUCGGAAGGAGACACCUGUCACAGGAGUCAAUAGUUUGCAAGUCAACUAUUCCCUAAAAGGCAUUGUGGAGAAGUAUAACAAAAUCAAGGUAACUCCUAAAAUGCCUGUGUGCAAGGUGCACAGUGGGCAACCCCUCAACAUUUUUUGCCGGACAGACAUGCAGCUGAUUUGUGGGGUCUGUGCUACUCGAGGUGAUCACACAAAGCAUGUGUUUUGUUCUAUUGAAGAAGCGUAUUCUCAGGAGAAGCGUGCAUUUGAAACCCUUUUUCAGGGCUUUGAAACAUGGCGUUGUGGAGAUGCACUUUCCCGGCUGGACACUUUAGAAACAAGCAAGAGGAAAGCUCUGCAAAUGCUGACAAGGGAUUCGGACAGAGUGAAAGAGUUCUUUGAGAAGCUGCAGCACACACUGGAGCAGAAAAGAAAUGAGAUUCUGUCUGACUUUGAGACCAUGAAGCUUGCUGUGAUGCAGGCCUACGACCCAGAAAUCAAUAAACUGAACACCAUUCUGCAAGAACAGCGAAUGGUUUUUAACAUUGCAGAGGCCUUUAAGGAUGUAUCUGAGCCCAUUAUAUUUUUGCAGCAGAUGCAGGAGUUUAGGGAGAAAAUUAAAGUGAUUAAAGAAACCCCUCUGCCUUGUUGUAAUGUACACAUCAGCCAUACCAUGAAGGCCUUUGAUACCAGCCAGUGGAAUGGUGUGAAACUAGAAGAUGUGGACAAACUUUCUUUGCCUCAGGAAAACAGCAUGCUUAAUUUCAAGAUUCAUUCUAUGUUUUCACGUAAACUUAUAGUAUCUUUCCUGAUUUUCUUGCUUAUCAUAGCAGUUAUCAGAAUGCCCUUUUUGGAGUCUGUUGUUGACAACAUCCAGUACUGGAAGACUCGACUCUUUACAAUUGGCUCAUACUAUUUGGCAGAUACUGUGGAGAUAGCAGACCAUGCAGUCUUUUACUGGGAACAAAUGACAGAUGGAGCUUCACUCCUAAGAGAAAAGUGUAAAAGUUAUACACUAGUAGUGCUGGAUAAUGUUGCACAAUUUGUGUGCAAAUAUAAACUAUUAUGAAGUCCACUGCCAAAGU